AUGACCUACCACACUCCACAACCACACCCACACAUCCUCUUAACCCCCCCAGAGUCGCCACCACAAACAUCAAGCUACCUCGAGCAUCCGACUCCGAGAGCACAUACAAAGUUGUAUUGGCCGACGGGACCACGCUCUCCGAUUCCCGAGGAGUCGGAGGAUGCCCUGGACUGCGUGCUGGAACGCAUGGCGCCGCACCAUGAGGAUAGUCUGGGCACGAUCCGGGACAAGAGUUCACAACGUCCUCCGUUGUCUCGAGAAAAGACCCCUGUCAGACCGCCGCUCGUGCAUCAUGAUGACAGCGGGGACACGAUCCAUGCCGAACCGAUGGGGAAGAAGGAUCGCGAGUCCCAUUUCACCGACGAGAGCCGCGAACCCGUGACACAAGGCCAGCUCCACCCCCCCGGCCAUCAACACCACCACCACCACCAGAGAAGAAAGCGGGGAUCCCAGCCCAGACCGCUUGCCCCGCCCCGCCGCCUGAGUGCGGGCAAGGCGGUCGUGCCGGACGAGGUCCCCGAAGCACACGUGAGAGCGAUCAACGUUCCAAAGAUCGUGGAGCACCUGUGCGAAGUCCAAGCUGCCGACGUCGCGCUGGUCGACUCCAUCAUGGCGCUGGACGGCAAAGUCGACCGGUUGCUGGAGCACUUCGGGGUCAAGGUUGGCGCUGUCGGGAUCCAUGGCAAGCUCGACGCGCUCAUUGUAGCUGUAGGCGCGGAGAAACGGGAGUGA